UCCAGCUUCCCAGGCAAACAACAUCCUCCUCCUCCUCUCCCUCCCUACUGAAAAUAUAAGGAAGUGGAUUGUCUGUCCCUUGAGUUUGAGUUGAGUUCUCUCUUCCUUUCUACCACCACAGCCAGUGCCUCUCUACUUCCGUUUCUACUAUAAAAAUCGAGUAAACACCACUGCUGGUGCUUCCAUCUAAGGAUCAAUAGUAAUCUUCUGUUCCUGUAUUCUUCUUCAUCGUCUUUGUUUUGCUUCAUCAGUUAUCUUGAACUACAGUAAUGGGAGAUAGUGAAACUCUAGUUACUCCGGCCUCUGCUGAUAUGGAGUACCCAUCUGGUGAUUACAAGCACGUGGCCUCAAAUGCCAUGGAUCAGAAUAUAGGUGAUCAAACUACGUACACUGCAGAUCCCAAUAUAAUUAUGCAUGAAGCACCCACUACCUCAGCAGAAGAUGGUGGUAAAACCAUAGAUGUUACCCAGGAAAACUUGCAAGCUGGAGUUUAUGAUUCUUCUGUAAACGGCAAUGGAACAACUAAUCACGACGCCAAUGGAAACGUUCAACAUGCAUCUGGAGAGGCUGUUGGCGAGCAACCGUUGGAGGCUGAUUCUGUUUCUACUGCAGAAGAGCGACUGUGGAGCAUAGUCAAGUCCAACUCAUUAGAUUUCAAUGCUUGGACUGCACUAAUUGAAGAGACAGAGAAGGUGGCAGAGGACAAUAUAUCAAAAAUCGAGAAAGUUUAUGAUGCAUUUUUAGCCGAAUUCCCCUUGUGUUAUGGUUACUGGAAGAAGUACGCAGACCAUGAGGCACGCCUGGCCUCUGUCGACAAAGUCGUGGAGGUGUAUGAGCGGGCAGUUGUAUCCGUGACCUAUUCUGUAGACAUUUGGUUGCAUUAUUGUGUGUUUUCCAUGUCGUCGAAUUAUGAAGAUCCUGAGACUGUUCGAAGGCUGUUCGAUAGGGGUUUGGCUUAUGUCGGGACUGAUUAUCUGUCAUAUCCUCUUUGGGAUAAAUUUAUCGAGUAUGAAUAUUCGCAGCAGGAGUGGGGUCGCCUUGCUACGAUUUACACAAAAAUUCUGGAAAGUCCUAAUCAACAACUUGAUCGCUAUUUCACCAGCUUCAAGGAGUUGGCUGGAAGUAGGCCUUUAUCAGAAAUUAGGACCGCUGAGGAAGUUUCUGCUGCUGAAGCUAGUGGCCAGGGCAUUGAAAGCGAGGUUAACCCUGAUGAUCCAGAAAAUUCUCUUAAACCUGUUAGUGCUGGCUUAACAGAAGCAGAGGAGUUGGAGAAGUAUGUCGCCGUUAGGGAAGAGAUGUACAAGAAAGCUAAAGAGUUUGACUCCAAGAUCGUUGGUUUUGAAACAGAUAUUAGGAGGCCUUACUUCCAUGUGCGCCCUCUCAAUGGCCCGGAGCUUGAGAAUUGGCAUAACUAUCUUGACUUUAUAGAAGGAGAAGACGACUUUAACAAGGUUGUCAAGUUAUAUGAAAGAUGCCUAAUUGCGUGCGCCAACUAUCCUGAGUUCUGGAUACGGUAUGUACUAAGCAUGGAAGCUAAAGGAAGCAUGGAUCUUGCGAAUAAUGCUCUUGCUCGUGCUACUCAAGUCUUUGUCAAGAGACAGCCAGAAAUUCAUCUUUUUGCGGCUAGACUCAGAGAGCAGAGUGGGGAUAUUCAGGAAGCUCGUGCUGCAUAUCAACUUGUGCAUUCUGGAAUCUCACCCGGUUUACUAGAUGCAAUUAAUAAGCAUGCCAACAUGGAACAUCGACUAGGUAAUACGGAAGAGGCUUUUUCAUUGUACGAGCAGGCUAUUGCCACUGAAAAAGGGAAAGAGCAGUCUCAAAUAUUGCCUAUGCUGUUUGUUCAGUAUUCACGUUUUUUGUACCUGGUUGCUGGUGAGGUGGAUAAAUCUAGAGAAGUUCUUAUUGGGGCUCUAGAGCACAUAAAAUUGUCGAAAUCAAUAUUGGAGGCCUUUAUACUUUUCGAAUCGAUUCAGUCAGUUCCGAAGAGGAUAGAUUAUCUAGAUUCGUUGGUAGAGAAGUACAUAAUGCCUAGCCCUGAUAAUAAUAAUGGCGCAAGUACCACUGACAGAGAAGAAAUAUCUAGCAUAUUUACAGAGUUUCUGGGUCUUUUUGGAGACACACAGUCAAUCAAGAAGGCUGAGGAUCGACAUUCAAAGCUCUUUCUAUGUCACAGGAGCACUACCGAAUCGAGAAAACGGUCUGCUGAAGAUCUUUUAGCAUCAGAUAAAGCAAAACUGGUUAAGUCAUAUGGGGGUCCUCCUUCACCAGCUCCAUCUGCGAUGGGUGCAUAUCCGGCAGCGCAAAACGUGUGGCCUGCAGGUUAUGGAUCUCAACCACAGGCUUGGAACCAGGCUUCACAAGCACAGGGACAACAAUGGAACUCUGGCUACACUCAACAGGCUGGGUAUGCCGGAUAUAGUAGUUAUGGAGGCGGUUAUGCUCAACCUCAGGUGCCUGCCCCAGCACCUCAAAGUGCUGCAGCCUAUGGUGCUUAUACUCCUGCUCCAACAUAUCCAACUCAGGCUUAUGGGCAACAACCUUAUGCACAGCCAGUGGCGUCUGCAGCAGCAGCAGUUGUUCCAACUCACCCACAGGCUCCAGUCCCUCAGGCUGCGGGAGCACCUUACUAUAGCGGAAGUUACUAUUGAGAUGAGCAAAAUUGAUUGCAUCACCCCAAUUUUGCCACUGUAGUCUGUCUCAACUUUCCCUUGUUUUUUUGUUCUUCCGUCCUUGUAUUAUUAUUAAGGUCAACCGCAUGUGGGUUGUAGAUCUUGUUUGCAGUGCCAAUACCUUUUAUUUCUAGUGCUGGUACUAUUCUGUUUUUUUUUUUUGAAACUGAAGAUUGAAUUGAUUAUAGAGAAUUUAUUACAUAGCUUUUAUCCUCC